AGUUUCUCACACUGAAUUUACAAAAUACAAAACAUUGUGCUGACUUGUGAUAUUUAAAAUAUAACAGCUCAGGUUUUCCAACAGAAAUAUUGGUUAUUAAGGAGCUUUAACUUAAUUGGAUAUUUUAAUUUUAAGGUGUCCAUCAUGGAUCAAUUACCUCCAGUGAUAUAUUUGCUAUCCGGAAUACACCUCCAAAAUAAUGAUGCUGGAGGUGUGCAGAUACAGUGAGACGUCCAGCGUGACCAGUAGCUGCGACGACAUGAUGAAGCAUUCUGCUCCAAACAUCGAGGUCUUUGAGUUCAACCUUGGCCAGGCCUCACAGCUUAGGUGUAACAACACUGAGAAGACCACGACUUGCAGUGAAUGCGAAACAUGCAAGCUGAAUGUAAAGCUAAGAGAAAUCAAACAGUGGUUUCCACGACUUGGCGACCACUCCAAGAAGCGUUUCAUGCUAGGACUCAUGCAGAGGACUCACAGUCCAGAACUGCUGAAUCAGGUGGUCAAACUGCUUCAGCCUGUGCUGUAUAAAGACUUCACAUAUUCACGUAGCCGAACGAACCCUAGCCUGGAGACGGACACACCCACCCUAAGCUCAGAUAGAGCAAUGUCAGCAAAAGACGUGAAUAAUUUUAUUAUCUCCACUUGGCAGUGGUAUGGGGACCAGAACUACUGGAGCAAGUCUAACUUUGCGCUAGUUGUACUGCAGAUGUGUGAUGCCCAUCUUCUCCACACGGUGGGGGUGCAGGCCCGCACACUGCUCAGCUCGGAGAUCAAGGCUGCCGAGGAGUUUGGAGACACUGCCUACACAGAGCGGGGAUCCAUUGCUUCCAGCACCUUCACAUUCAACACAGCGGAGCACCCAGAGCUAGAUCUUCUCCUCUCUACAAACUCCAACCAGGAGCAGAUCAACCCCUUUACAGGGGCCCCAUUCCCUGGCUUCUCCUUGAACGGAGUCAUUGAAAAUGAUGCGGGUGAUGAGGAAUACACAGAUUUCGGGAGUGAAUCUCUGGACCCUGCUUACAUGGUCAUACCAACGUCAGCCAAGGCUUACUCGGGUGUGGCCAAGCACUGUGACCUGAUUCGUAUGCUGCCAGUGCACAUCUCAAAGCAGAUUCUGAGCAUGCUGGACAAGACAUCGCUGAUGAACGCCCUCCUUGUGAGCUCUUACUGGCGAUCCCUGAUUGAGGAGGUACACAAGGAUGCCACUGUCAACCAGCAGCUCUGGGAGGAAGUCAUGCUAAUGCAGGGUGCCUCUGCUCAUGGCUCAAACCCUGUGUAUGCGAAGGACAUUGACAUUCUUGUGCCCAACAUCGACCACAGGACGGGUCAUGUGAUACGUACAGAGGAGGCCGUGAUCAAAACAACAUUCAAAAGCGAGAUGAACUUUGAUACGGCAUACAGCGGGUUGUCUGUCCGAAAAGUGAUAAUGGAAGAGAGGAAUGUGUACUGCGGUCCAUACAACGUCAUGGUGCUCUGCGAUAGUGAGGACCCACACAGAGUUGUUCAUACAGAUGGAGGAAAGCUUAUUGCAGUGGGCUCAAAAGACAGAAAGGUACGUUUUGUUGACAUGGUAUCAGGACGUGAACACAAGCGCAUGUCGAAGGGUGAGCCCGGGGCUGACGGGGAGCUCCCGGUCAUUACGGGCCAUGCGGGCUCCAUACGCUGUGUCUGCAUCAUGGAGAAGCAAGGCCUCGUUCUCAGUGGCAGCUAUGAUACUAGCAUUAGGAUGUGGAGCGUGAACACAGGCCACUGUCUGAAGAUAUUCAGGGGCCACAGGGACACUGUGCUGGUUAUCAGGGUCCUAGGGAACAUUCUCAUCUCAGGGUCCAAGGACAAGUCCUGCAAAAUUUGGAACAUGAGCACUGGCAAGUGUCAGAGGUCUUUCCGACACCGGCAUCCAGUGUCUGCUGUGGCAAUGUCCACUGAGACAGUGAUCACAGGCUGUGAAGGGGGCAAAAUUAAAGUGUGGGAUCUCAGAACAGGCAAUCUCAUUAAGGUUUUAAUUGGCCACCAUGAAGGGGUCACAGGUAUACAAUUUGACCGUUACCACAUCGUGUCGGUGGGUAAGGACAAGUAUGCCCUGGUGUGGAGCGCUAUCGGAGAUCACAACAGGUGUCUGACAGCCCUGCGACAUCCCAAGGAGGUGCUGUGCGUAGAGUUCAUGUAUCUACGGUGCAUCACUGGAUCAGCAGAUGGUCGUAUACGGAUCUGGAACAUUAUCAAUGGAAACUGCUGUCGUAUCAUGCGUGGAAACAGCCGCUCAGACCCCAUUUUGCACAUCGUUGCUAUUGACAACAGGAUAACUAUCAACACGGCGGUGAACAUGCUGGUGCUGAAUUUCGAGGAGGUGGAGUGGGACUACAACCUGGAGGAUGACAAGGUGCCCCCACUCGUACAGUACUCCUCAUACGCCGAGGCUCCCGUGAGGCAGCAGCCAUACCCGUACAUCAGAGCUCAAAGAAUGAAGAAAGCUGGAGCAACCAACACCAAGCUCCUUCACAAGGAUGAGUUCACAGAGGCCCAAGGCAAAUUGCCAAUCCCGCAGACUUUGUACCGUGCUACCCAGCUGCCCCAUAGUGCUAAAACCCUCUCUGCCAAGAGCCUUGAGAGUGCCAAGAUGAUUCAGUCUGUACCCACUGAGAGCCAUGCUUCUUCGUACAGAGAAGUUCGCGAGCAAAGGAGCGCAGGAACCUAUGUUGACCAGGUCACAAGCUCAGGUCCUAGGGUUCAGACACAGUCCUCACAUUCAAAGCCCCCGUUGCCGAGUUCAUCCAAGUCCCGACCACUCACCUCCAAGUCUGGACAGUCUGGUUACUCAGUCACAAUCAUGGAUGACGCAGUUGCUGAGCAAGAACUUGAUGAACAUGAGUGGCGGGAACCCUAUAGGCUUCAGCGAAGAAUUUCUUGGGCCUUUGAACAUCCUUUGAUGCCAAAAUCCAAGGAAAUCUCAUUGUCAGAAACCAAGGCUUUGCUGAGGUCACAAAUGAGGAUGAAAUCUGAAAGUAUUGUUCCCCCUGACUUUAUUUACCUUACUGUUAAUGCUAUUCAAAACUCGAUGAAACCCAGUGAUGUGAGUACUAACACCUCACAGAACAUGAUGGACUCAAGAAAGACUCGUAUGAUGGACACAAGAUUACGUCAGAAUAGACCCUCGUCUUCUCCAAGUAAAAUAGAUCCUAGGACUAGAGUUCCAGUAGAGCAGCUUGACCUUUCACAGUUUAGAGAAAAACAACCAGAGCCAGAAACAAUGUCGGAAGUUUCUGAGGUUAGAUCAGUGAAAUCUGCAAAAUCAAAAGAAGAAAUUCCUCAGACAACUGACCGUGAAGUUUUUGCAACAAAGUGUCUAGUUAAGCCUGUUAAAUCAACACCUAAACUAAGUGUUCAUCCAAAGCGUAUAAGGACCACUCUACCGAAAGGCAGAGUCAUACGCCCAAUAUCUGCGUCGGUUACGCGCUUGGAACCACCAGAACCCGACAGUAAACCUGUCAGACCUAUCACAGCACCACAAAUGCGAGGGAGACCAGAUACCGCGUCCUCCAUACCUUCACAAAUUGCUGCUUCUAUGCCUGGUGUUCAACCACAUCGCAAGAAGGCCCCAAAUGUAACUACUACAGGGUUUGAGCCUAAUAUUGUCCCCAUGUUGAUGUAUCCACCUGACAUGAAGGAGAAACUUACAUCAAUGUUGAAGGAGAAACGACAGCAGCGCCACGAUGAUUUGAUUGAAUCUGCCAGCGAAAUAGGAAUAGGAAAAGUAAGUCAGUACAAUGACCCCAUGAGGUCACACGUGAAGUUUGAACUUCGCACACAUGUCCAAGAACAGGAAUUCAUCACCAGGACUGAACAGUUGCACCAUGAGCGGCAGAAGAGGGAUGAAGUACUGAUGGAGAGAAAGAAGAGACUUUUGUGGACUGCAAAGGCCACUGGCAGGAAUGUAUGGUCUUCACCUAGCUCUAGUGAUCUGAACAGCAAGUGAGUUAGUAUGUAAUUAGAUAUGAGCCUAUCUCUGGGUAAACAGGGCAUAAUCUUUUUGCGUAAAGUGUUGUCCCAAAUUAGCUGUGCAAUCUGCUUUUAUGGAAUUUUUUGUUGAAACAAAAAUCCUGUCAAUGCGGAAAGUGUAGUCCAGUCUGCACAGGCUAAUCUAGGAGGAGACUUUACGCUCAUGUAUUUAGCCUGGUUUUCCUCAAGUGCUACUGAUAUUUUACUUGUAUUUCUGAAACAAGGGUAUUAACCUUAUGACAUAUCCAUGGUAGAGUGUUGUGCAUUUGUGUCCCCUGAGCAUUUAAGAUUGAAAAUGUAAGAAAUUGUUUGCAGCUUCUUUAUUUGGUGUUAUGGUUGCCUGACUAUGUACAAUCAAAAAGUUUAAUUUAUGCAUGUUGAACAUACACUUGUUUUGUUUUUCAAUUUAAUUAUUUUUAAAUUAUUCUGAUUCUUUAAUUGUUAUUUAUAAUGUUUUGUUUAUUUAUUCGAUUUUAUAUUUUAAAAAAAAGAUUUUUUUUUGAUAAAGAUGGCAAUUCUAAUUUUUAUGAAUGUAUUAUAAUGGUAGUAAAACUGAUAUUCAAAUGAAUAGCUGUGUCAAUGGCUUUCGAUCAAUAUAUAUUUUUUAUACACUUUUAUUUUGGCUGGAUGUGGAAUUGAACACCCUUAAAAGGCAGGCGGAUGUAUGGAUGGGCGGUUAAGCGUGUCGCUUUCUGCUCUCUUAAGUUGUACAGUUUUCAUGGAAUCUUUACAAAACUGGAAAUGUUUGGUUUGAUAACCAAUUUGCAGGAGAAUGUUUGUAAUUGUCUUUUUUUUAAUCCCCAAAAUGCAACAUUCGCAGUUUCUGCUCCAUUACUUGUGUAGUUUUUAUCAAAUCCUCACUAAACUUUCUGCACAUGUUUGUUGAUAUUUACAUGUUACCGAGGUCUGGUUUUAUAAACAUUUUUGUUGAGAGUUAUUGUAAUUUGUUUCUACAAAAAUAUUUUAUACAAAUAAAAUGAAAAUGUGCAGUUAAAGCUCUAGAAACUCAUUUACUUUUUAACAAAUGUUCACCAAAUUUUCCAGAUAUGUAUGUUCCCAUUUAAUGAAAAAGCGAACUUGAUAACCAGCCAAACAAAAUUGGCAUCCCAUGGAAAACAUUUUUUACAAUGUUAGUAUAUUUCUAUCCUCGUCCUUGUUGUUUCAGAUGUAAUCAAACAGUUUAUGCCUUUAUAAUACUGAAUGCAAGGUAUUAUUUAUAAACUGCUGUUGACUUCAUGUGCCUUUAUCAUACUUUGAUAUGUUCAUUACAUGCACAAUUAAUGUAAAGUAUUAAAAAAAUAUGACAUUGUUUUUAAGCCAAAUAUUUUAAACUUGUUAACCUGUUCACCAGUAUUUAUUCUUCAUUUUGUGCUUUGUUAUACAAAUACUUUUAUCUUGAUAGCUCUGUUCAUGUUAUGUGUUACCGUUAAUGUUUGAAAUUGUUAGUGCUGAUUUACUUACAAAAAGUCAAUUCAGAUGCCACAGAUGUAUUUUAUAUUUUCCUUUUGUUAAAAAAGCACUGAGAUGAAAUUAAAUGAACCACCUUUUGGAAAAAUGGGACUUAAUAAUGCAUGUGCGUAAUAAAACUUUCUUGACCUGUCUGUGCAGACUACACAGGCUUAUAUGAGACAACAUUCUACACACAUGCAUUGAAACCCAUUUUCACAACGGAGGCUCAAGUGAAUGCCUGAGUUAUCUUUGUUUUCUACUGCUACUGUGUGCACAUGUUGUGUUUAGUCUGUUUCAUACUGCCAAAUAUGUUAAAUUAGUUGAAGUGUUGAUUGCUUAAACUUUCUUUGGAUAUUUCCUUAUGUUCCAUUUUCUGGUUUGAUGUCUGUUGUAUGGAUGUGAUAAUCAUCACAAAAUGGAAAACUUGUAUGAUAUGAUGCAGAUAUAUGAAACUGUUGGGCUCCAGUGUAAUGUGUUCUGUUUUGGUGAUUAAAAAACCUUUUUGAUUUUGAUACAGUUUGGCAGUUUAACAAAAGUAAUAUUGAAAUCAAUAAAUGGGGAUCUUUUGACAAAAAUUGACAAUUAUAUGAGGAACUUGUGAUUACAUAUGAGUUACCAAUUCCAUGAGUAAUAAGGAUUGUUUAAUUUGUUAUAUCACCGUAAGCCACUGAAUGUAUACAUUUAAAAUAAAGUCUUCACAAUUGAGACUUUGAAACCACUUUAUUUGUAAAUGACUUAAGUCUGCAGUAGUAAGUAGUACAUAUAUACUUGGACUAUUUUGUAUUAUGUUUUGGUAUGAAAGGAUUUUUACUUAAGAAUUAUGGUACAUUAAAAGAUGUGUGUUUUGUACCUGUACUUGUACUUUUAUAGGUAUAAUCUCUGACAGGAAUUGGACUGCAGUCUUAUGAUUUUGAAAGGUGAUUUAUGUUCUUUUUUGGUAUUAAAAAUGUGUAUUGUUUCUAAUUGUUUUGUCAUGUAUGAUAUGUUGUUUUAUUCUUAAAGUAAUUUUUUAUUUACACAAAAUGUUGCUUGAUUCAUGAACUUCUGUGAUACAUUAUUUUGAUUAAAAUAAGUGAAAGAA